ACGAUAUAUUCAAAUCAAACGCAUUUUUUCGCGCCAUCUGUUGAGCGCGAGCAGCUGUUUGCGAAUCAACCCUGUUUUUGACCUGUUUCGAGCGUUUUGCUUAUUUGUAAUCAAAUCGAAGUGUAUUAUAUCCUGCAAAUUAGUAUUAAGUAGCGACAACCAUGUCCGUCUGCACGGCUGCCGAGAUAGCUGAGAAGCGACGCAUUGCACUGGCCAAGCUGCAGGCGAAAAAGGCCCAAGCGCCGGCCAUAAAACCCUCAACAAGUGUCAGCGAGCAGCUGGGCGCCAAGUCGGCAAUCAACUUCUACAGAUCCCCGCCACAAAGCAAUGCACCCAAAGGCCCAACUGUUGCCAGUAAGAACAACAACAACGGCCAGAACAAGAGCUCCUCGUUUUUGAACGCGCUCAAAGCCAUCAAGUCAACAAGUGCGCGGGAACUGGGCCGCGCAGCUGCGCAUCCGUAUCUCAAGCCCAAGCUGCAGCUCAGUCCGGAUAAACAGCAGCCGUUGGCUGCUGUGUUUGUGAAAUCCAUCAACUGCCGCAUCUAUAUGAUCAGCGCCCAGCGCUUCGCUGUGACCGCCUCGGGCUACCAUGAGAAGCUCAUCGAAGUGUUCAAGAAUAUGCCAAGCAAAUGCUAUGACAGCCAGACACGCAACUGGGAUUUCGAUCUGAAGGAUUAUCAGCUGCUGCAGCAGCAUGUAGGCGAUCUCAAGCCACACGUGCUCAUUGGCACCAUUCCCAAGAAGAUCAUUGAAUUGUGCCAACAGCCGCUGAAGCCGCUGGAGCGCAGUGUCUUGGCUUCCAUUGACCCGUCGCUGGCGCAGAAGCUGAUGCCCUUUCAGGAGGAGGGCGUCUGUUUCGCCAUUGCGCAGCAGGGCCGCGUCAUGAUCUGCGAUGAAAUGGGCCUGGGCAAGACAUAUCAGGCGCUCGCCGUGGCCGACUACUUCAAGGAUGAUUGGCCCCUGCUUAUAUGCACAACGGCCAGCACACGGGAUGCCUGGGCCAUGCACAUUACGGAGCUGUUGCCAUCCGUGUCCGUGCACUGCAUUCAGGUGCUGACCAACAAUCAGGUGUACCUGACCGAUGCCAAGAUCCUCAUCACCAGCUACAACAUGAUGGAGCGCUACAUGGACAAGCUGCUGCAGCGCAAGUUCGGCUUUGUCAUCUACGACGAGUCGCACACGCUCAAGAACGGCAAGGCCAAGUGCACGGCGGUGGCCAAGCGUCUGGCGGAUCAGGCCCGACGUGUCAUCCUGUUGUCCGGCACGCCCGCAUUGUCGCGUCCGCUUGAGCUCUUCACGCAGCUGCAGCUGGUGGACAGCCGCUUCAUGAACUUCAUGGAGUUCACCUCGCGCUAUUGCGACGGCAAGCAGACGCACUUUGGCUGGGAUGCGAAUGGCCAAUCGAACCUGGAAGAGCUGAGGGUGAUUUUAAUGCUCAAAUACAUGCUUAGGCGCACCAAGGCCGAGGUGCUGCCGCAAAUGGCCGAGAAGAAUCGUGAAACGGUGGUGCUUGAUCCGGCGCUGGUUUGGUCCAAUGACGAUGCGAAGACCACCUGCCAUGAGCUCAACAGCGAGCUGCAGAAGGCCAAGGGCAAGUCGCGCGAGGAGCUGCUGUUGCGCUUCUAUGCGCGCACAGCCGAGGUCAAAACGCGCGCCGUCUGCGCCUAUCUGAAGAGCUUGGUUAAGGAGCCGAUCAAAUUCAUCAUUUUUGCGCAUCAUCGCGUCAUGAUGGAUGCCAUUAGCGAUUGCCUAAAUGAGCUGAGGAUCUCGUUCAUACGCAUCGAUGGCCAGACGCGCAGCGACUUGAGAGCCGCCUACGUGGACACCUUCCAAAAGAAGAGCAGCUGCAAAGCGGCGGUGCUGUCUCUUAAAUCCUGCAAUGCGGGCAUUACGCUGACCGCCGCUGAAAUGAUUGUGUUCGCGGAGCUCGACUGGAAUCCCAGCACUCUGGCGCAGGCCGAGAGUCGCGCCCACCGCAUUGGCCAGACAAAGCCCGUCGUGUGUCGUUAUCUGAUGGCCAAUCAAACGGCGGAUGAUACCAUUUGGAAUAUGCUGCGCAACAAGCAGGAAGUGCUCAGCAAAGUGGGCGUCUUUGCGGAGAAUCUGCAGCAUGCCACGCACACAGCCGCGCCCACGACGUCGCGAAAAAUUGAAGAGUUCUUCUCACCAGGCAAGGAGCAACACUUUGCCCCGGCGCCGGCGCCGGCCAGCGUUAAGGAGCAGCACAUUGUGGAUACAGCAAAGGAUAUAGCCGCCUUUUUCAACGAGGAAGAUGAUGAUGCAUUUAGGGAUUUGGUUUUUUGAUCGUUUAGUUAUAGCUCAAAUAUAUUUUGUUAGGUUUUCUUAUUGUAAUUGUACGAAUAAAUUAAGCUUCAUUUCAAUUUAAUAAGAAUGUUCAAGCUGAAGAGAGAAACAGUUGUCUAGAUCUAAGCUACAAAUUUUGUCAAUGAAAAAUCCUUGUUUUAUGAAGAA